AUGUUAAAAUUACUCUUCAUUAUAGUAUACAUUAUAACAAAAACACAAGCAUGGACUAAUAUAAUUGGUAAUAAUCGUUUAAAAACUAAUGAUACUGAGCAACAAUUUAGUGAACAACUUCUAAUAAAUUUAUAUCAGCGAAAAAUCUAUAAAGGUGUUCUUAUAUUCAAUGAAAAUGACAGGCAUCAAUAUUGCAACAAUUUCUUAAAAUAUUUUCAAUUUCAAGAAACGCCAAUGACAAUAAUAACUGCUAAUAUAACAAAACAAUAUCGCAAAUAUUUUAAUAAUCAAAUUAUUUGUAUAGUUUGCAUGACAUACUAUCAACAAAAUAUUUUGGAUCAAUUGGCUAUGAUUCUAUACAACAUGCGUUAUACACGAAUUAUUAUAUUAAUAGAUCAGUCGAGUAAGCAAAUGGAUUUGAAAGAAUUAAAUGACUUCUUUAAAUAUAGUUAUAAAUUAAAAAUGUUAAAUGUUGUAGUAUUCUUCAAAGAUCUCUGCAAAUAUGUGCAAUUUACAAUAUUUCCUAAAUUUGAAUUGGAAUUUGGUUUAUAUGAAGUGAACUCGAGUAACAUCGGUGACAUAUUACCAGAUCGUUUGCGUGACUUAAAAGGUUAUAAAUUGCGUACAUUAGCAGAUCACUAUGAACCAAGAUCCAUGGAAUAUUAUAAUGAAAAGAAUGAAACUAUACUCAAUGGUUACAUAGCACGUUAUGUACAAACAAUAAGUGAAGCAUUAAAUGCUUCUCUUUACUUUCCAUUACCGAUACCUCAUAAUAAACCCAUACAUCAUCGCGAAGUAAUAAAAUAUACAGUAAAUUCUUCGCUUGAUAUACCCAUUAGCAUUAUAGCUCUAUAUGAGACAGAUGAUCUGCUCGAAUUUUCAUAUCCCGUUGAAUUGAUUCAAUGGUCUUUCUGUUUGGCAUCUUGUAAGAAAUGGUACAGUCAGUGGCAUUAUAGAUGGCCCGAAAUUGUCAUAAACGAUAUGGCAAUACGUGGAGUAUUAGGUCAAUCAUUCGUAGAGUCUAAUAAUAGAAAAUUGUCACUGAAUCUCAUUAAUACAAUGUUAAUGCUGUGUGGCUUAACUGUUUCCACAGUUUUCGGUUGCUAUUUAUUAACAUUUUGCACACAGCCACCUUUGGAGCCUGAAAUUAAAACCUAUCAAGAUCUGGCGAAAUCCCCUCUAAAAGUUGGCAUUUACUUGCAGGAAUUUUUACUUAUUCAUAAUAUGACAAAUGGUUCAUUGGCCUAUUUGUAUGAUAAUUUUGUGGUAUUAACUGAAUUUGCCGAUUUUACACAUUUACGUGAUACCUUUGAUCGUCGUUAUACUUAUUAUACUACCUCCUCAAAACUAUACUACUAUCAGGGUUUGGAAUCUUAUUAUAAUACGAAAAUUUAUCGAUAUGACAGCGGAAUGUGUGUCAGUACAAUGAUGCAAUUGUAUUUAUCUCUGGGUCCAAAUUCAUACUUUCUACCGCGGGUUGAUGAAAUUAUAAUGAAUAUAAUGCAGUCGGGUCUUAUGAAUUAUUGGAUUAGUUGUUCAUAUCGUGAUGGCUGA